AUGACAACUAAUUCUUCAUGUUCCUCUAAUAACAACGUCAUUCAACAUGUUCACAAUACACCUAAUCAACAACAAAUCCAUCAAUCCCAAUCACAACGUGUAGUCGUUCCUAUGGAAAGCGGAAAUGAUGAUAAUUUCACAAUUGUUAGUCGUAAGAAGAAGAACGCAAAAAUGGACCAUGUUCAUUUCAGAAUACUGUCAUCAACAACAUCAACAAUUUUCACCACAACUGCCGACUGUCCAA